GAAUCUUGCGCCGCGACCGCCCUCCGUCGCCCGCCAACCGCUGCGCUGCGCCUGCAGGUCGCUCACACUUCUGCCGCACCCGCACGCACAUCCCCACUAAACCAUGUCCGCGCCUGGCUCCCCCUCCGCCUUCUAGGAUCCUGCAGGGUUCGCAAUGGGUUUUGACUCUCGACCACCGCUCCCGGCCCCGACAGAACUCUCGACUCUCAGCUCCGCAGACCUCGACCCGCCCCGCGACGACGUCGACACCAACGUCUCCGCCCGCACCGACCGCACCUCGUACAGCAUCCCCGAGGACGGCACCCCCAUCACCAUCAACACCACCAAGCCGUCGCUGCACAAGAAGUACCCGAGCCAGACGAGCCUGCUGAUCGAGUACUUCGAAGCCGGCAAGGAGAACGGCAAGACCCGCGCCCGCCCCAGCGUCCGCGUGCGCGUCACUCCCAGCUCGCGCAAGAAGAACCGCGCCGGCAUCGACCAGGUGCAUCUGACCCAGACCACCAAGAACAACGCCAAGCCCGCCUACACGCGCCGCAUCUCGCUGCAGCAAAAGUCGCGCGACGACGCCGCCCCGCCGCAAGACUCCUCGGACGCCUCCACCGUCUCGUCGUUGCCGCCCGUCGACAUCGAGGUGCUAAACCACGGCAGCGACCUCUCCAACCGCGACCUCCUCUUCAUGCCCAUGCCGUCCGACAUCUCCUCCAUGCCCGCCGACAGCAUGCUCGAGGGCACGCCGCAAAUCAUGGCUCCCGCGCCGCGCAGCAGCAGGAGCACCGAGAGGGACACCGUGCUGACAGACUCCAACGUCGCCGAUGAGCCCGACCUGCUCAAGGCCCCGAAGCACCAGCGCAGCCGGAGUAUGAGCAAAGACCGCAUCACCCAGCGAGUCAUGGAGAAGCUGCAACAACAGCAACAGCAACAGGCCGAAACGUCCUCGAGCAAGACACGAAAGUCGGAAAAGACCGGCAGGGAUGACCUGUCCUCGCCCCGCAAGUCGUCCAGGCGACACAGCAAGGAUCACCGUGGAGAGGAAAUUAGCGUCCUCAGUGGGACAGACUCCAGCUUGCUCUCCUCCAGUGCUGACCGCAGAUCUGCUGUCCCGUCGGUGCGCUCAGGUGUCUCCACCACCUCGUCCAUCAACAACCCCAAGCUGCUGGCCACAGUCGAGGACGCUAUCAGGCGGCUGAUCCUGCCCGAACUCAAUGCGCUGAAGGAGGAGAACCGCACGUCCAAAAACAGAGACAAGUUCGAGCGCAUGUCCCGCGACAGCGGCGCCACAUUCGAGACCGUCGAGACCACCAGCUCGCGCGACCCGUCCACAUCACGGCGGCGCGUCUCCAAGUCCUCGAGCACACCGAACAUUCACGGCGGCAAGCCCAAGGUCGUGCUCAAUCGCGAUGGCGAAGACUCUGGCGAGGUACUUACGAGUAGCUCCAGUCGAAAAGAGCGCAGAUCGAGUCGCGACUCGACCUCUGAGCGCAGUCUGGCUGAAUCAACGACCAAGACAGCGACGCGAGAGAACUCACACAAGAGGAGGAGCGGACGCACUGCCCGCGAGGCAGAGAUCGCUGCUCUUGCUGGGUCUGGUCUCACAGCUGCGGCCUUGAGAAAGCACACUUCUCGCGAAGAAGAGGUGGAAGACCGCAAGCAUAAGAAAAAGCACUCUUCUCGAAGCAAUCACAGCCGCUCUACAAGUAUCGCAGACAGCGCAGCGAAAGAGGAGAUUGUGAAGGAUGUGCCACCCAUGCCGUUCAUCCAGAGCGAGCUCCAUGGCGGCUCUGAGCUCACCCGCGAGUCGAUCCUGUCUGCUGACACAGAGACGAAGACUCGCUCGCGGUCGACUUCGAAGUCGUCCACCACCACAGGAGCGGAGACACCGCUGCGCGAAGUGCCACGUGGGUUUCCUUCACCGACACCCCUUACUCCUACAAGAAACGCACCGCCUGCUCUGCAGCGCAACUACGGUACUGCGCAUGCGAACCAGUCAGCCGAGGAUAUCCGACUGCAGUCUCCCAUGAGCGACAGAAGCUGGGGGUCCAGAUCAAGAGGUGCUGGGCCGGCCAGCUUAGAAGCCGCAGCAGCGGCCAAGGCUCGUGCCAUUGAGCGCUCGGAGACACAGGCGUCGCACUAUGAGAUCAUUGGCACCACGCCGACUCGCGGCCUCAGCCCCAUCCAGAGCGAGGCCAGCUACCGCGAAGAAGCGCACACGACCGAAUCGCCCCGGCGUCUGCGAGCUGUCCACAGCAGCGCGUCUGUGUCUUCGCUCGGUAGGCACAUAGAGCGACAGUCGUCGAACCUGUCCAUCGGGACCCUCGAGUCGACCGCCAGUACCAAAGCAGCUCGCACUCGCAAGCGACCACAGGGCGUCAACCUCGAGAGCGUCAGGUCCGCCAUGGGCUCUCCCCAAACGCCGCACACCCCUCGCGACGCUCGCGACUCAGAGCUGUUCUUCGAGCAGAACCACGAGCAGAACGAGCUGUACAGGAGAGAGCUGGAGGAGAAUUCUCAGCUCUCGGAGAACUUCCCUGUCAACUACAAUCGCUUCACCAACUACACGGACGAUAGCGAAGGCGUGCAGUACCUCGAUCACGAGCAGAAGAUCGAACCUAUUCAUCAGGAUAUCAGGAGAGUCGGUGCCAGCCCUGAGUACGUCCAUACGCCAGUUGCAGUCGAGUCUGCUGUUGCGUCGCUGCAUGAGCCAUCCAGCGUCAGUGUUCGCUCAUCUGCAGUGUCGAGCCCAUUGCGGGAAAACGUGAUAAGCCCUAUCAGGAAGAGCCGCUUAUCCCAGGUCAGCCCCGCUCCCAGCGAGGAGCACAUCCUGCACCUCGAGGAGCACGAAAUCCCCACUGGAGACCGAUGGGGUGCGCUUCGUGACAAGGCAGAGGCCAUGAACUAUCACCCCCACCCUGCGGACAACUCGCCCAGGCAGAGCAUCGCUCAGUCGAUCGACGAGCAGCCUCAGAUGCACCACAGCGCGUUCCCUGUCCAGGAUCACAUGAUGCCUGAGAUUGGGUACGGACUGGACAAUGAGUCGGAGAUCUCGACAAACCCUUCCAUCAUCCAAGGGCCGCUCAAUGGAGGCGAUGGGUACUAUGACCACACCCAGGACACGAUGUACCGUCAAGACGACCGCGAUCACGUCUCCACUCGCCAGUCCAGCAAGAACUCGUUCAACAAGAGUGCUACACUGGGCGCUGGUGCUGGCGCCGCUGCGGGGGCCGCCGCUGCAGCCCAUCAUCUGCACAACCGCAGCCCGUCGAUCGACGAGCAGCACCAGGCUACCGUGGAAGACGACUACGAGUCCUACACGGGUGACUCGUUUGUUGGGCACGACGAGCAGCUUGACUACGCGCAGAGUAACCGCACACCUCUCUCCGGUACGACUGGAUGGAGAGACGAAGGCUACCAAUCAGCUAACCAACGUGAAGGCUACACGCCUCAAAAUCUCAAUCACGCAAAGGUCUUUGACGACGAGUUUGCUGAUGAGUACGAUGAGACACCGCUUGAUGGGGAGGACGUGUUUGCUUCCAACGCCAAGCAUGGCCGCCAAUUCAGCGGCAACUCUCAUGGCAUGGCUUCCCCUCUUUACGACUCAGCAACUGGCAAGGGCAUCGACCGCAUCCAGUCCAAGGACAUUGUCGCGCUUAUGGACCACCUCACUGUACGGGACGCGCAGCGCAAUGCGAGAGAUACCGAGAUUCUGGUUACUCUUGUCCGCUCUGCCGCGGAGAUGCGCAACCAGCUUGAUGAGCUCAAGGGCUUCAUCAAGGUGCAGGACAACAUGAUCAUGAACACGAAUGACAAGCGGGUCGAUAUUGCCGAACAGCGCAUUCUCGGUGGGCCACGACCGCAACCCGCGCCGUACGGUGCAGGCCGCGGUUUCCGAUCUACCUCCGAUGACAUGGACGUCGAGACGAAGAAGAAGAAUCUGUUCAAGCGUGCGCUGAAGGGUUUGAGCAUGAAGGGCGACGGCGACAUCAAGAACAUCGAGGCCAUGCUGAUGCAGCUGCUCGGAGACGUCGAAGGCCUGAAACAGGUCCAGCAGCUGCAGCUGGAGCAGGGCAACCGCACGAAUAGUAUCACCUCGUACGACAACCUGCAGGCCAGCGGCGACCCUGGCUACGAGCCCGAGGGCCGCGCCAAUACUGCUUCCUCGCCGAACCAGUCUGGAUUCCUCUCGAACCCCGCCUCUUCGUCACGACGCAUCAACGACCUGCACUCUGGUUAUGAUGUUGUGCAGACCAACCGCAUAAGCACGGUGCACGAAGAUGACGAGGAGUAUCUUGAGCGCGAGCCGCGGUACGAGAACAGCGAGCGCAUGAUGACACCUACGCAAGAUGCGUACCACAGCAGGAACGUGUCGCAAGAAAAGGUGUCCCCGCCGGCGGCGAGGAACAGCUCAGAGGAGACGCCGAAGAAGAAUAAGCACAAGUCGACUUCGUCCUCGAUCUUUGGCAUCCCCAAGAUCUCCCGCUGGUCAAAGACCACGUCCUCCACUGAGCCUCGCAACAGCGUGGAGAAGCGCCCGUACUCGUCCCACUCGCGCUCGAGCUCGCAGAAGAGUUUCGACUCGUACGACGACGACUACUCGCAGAACGGUGAUGACCGUCCUCGCAACGGUGACGACCGCUCGCUGCGUUCGCGAGACUCACGAGACGAUCGUUCGUUCCGCUCCAGAGAUGACCGCUCGAUCCGUUCCAGGGACGAUCACUCGGUGCGCGCACCGUCACCUCUGAUCCCCGAGGACCCAGAGUACGAGCUCGAGGACCCCAAGUACCAUGCGCACCGCAACAGCCUGAAUCUGCAGCACCCGCAGCCCCGCGCAGGGCCAACCGGGCGCCACCAGACACAUCUCGAAGACCAGGCGCAGGACUACGUCCCCGACAAUGUCAGCGGAGUCAGCGGCGUCAGCGGCAGCGGCAUCGCGUCGCCCGACUACGACCAGUGGGGCAGCAUGCCCAGCCUCGCGCGCAACCGCAUGAGCGCCAGCACCGCGACCUACCAGCCUGGCGGCAACCUGUCGCCCAUCUCCAGCGACGGCGGCUACUCAGGCCACUCCGCCAGCGAGCAGACAGGGCGCCUCGCGCAGAAGGUCGACGACGGUCCGCUCAUCCCGCCCACCACCGGCGUCCUCGCCGGCUACGGCCAGACCCGCCAGAUGUACAGCUCGCCCAACGAGUUCGGCUCCCAGGGCGUCCUGACCCCGCUCGCGCCCAUCGCCGAGGUGCGCUACAGUCUCGAGACCGACCGCGGGCAGUACCGCGGCUCGCCCACCCCCUCCCCCCGCCCCAGCAGCGCACACCUCCGCACCCCGCAGCGCAAAAUCACGGGCCCCCGGCCCAUGGGCCCGCGCUCGCCCGCGCCCGGCGCUAGUCCCCUCCGCCAGCAGGAACUCAGCCAGCAGGUGCUCAUCAACCAGCAGCACGAACUCAACCGUGACGACACGGUGAUUCGACGCAAACCCGCGGGCCCGCCGAGUUUCGCGGAUACCGAGAGCUUGUUGAGUUAUCGCACGAGUAUUGAUGGGAGUGACGAUGAGACGUUUUAGGUCUGAGAUGGCAGGGAAUGGGUGGUUUGAGAAAGAAGGGAGAUUGGGGAGAGGAUGGCGGAAGAGGAGGAGAGGAGAGGGAGUUUUGUGUGUUUGGGAUGGCGUUAU